CAAAGAACAACGAAACGUACACUUCUACACCUCUCUUUUCCCUCCUCUUGUCUUGCUUUGGAUACCCAAUUUCCCUUCCUCUCCUUCUGAGAUUUCAAGAACACUUUUAGGGUUCUUCCCAUUUUCCUCUUUCCAGAUGGGUUUGUGGGAUUCUCUUCUCAAUUGGCUUCGCAGUUUGUUCUUCAAACAGGAAAUGGAACUUUCCCUUGUUGGCCUUCAAGAUGCUGGAAAGACAUCUCUUGUGAAUUCCAUUGCUACGGGUGGCUAUAGUGAAGAUAUGAUUCCAACUGUCGGUUUCAAUAUGCGAAAAGUCACCAAAGGGAACGUGACAAUAAAGCUUUGGGACCUUGGAGGGCAACGGAGGUUUCGCACCAUGUGGGAACGAUAUUGUCGAGGAGUUACUGCCAUUUUGUAUGUCGUUGAUGCAGCUGAUAGAGAUAGCAUUCCCAUAACGAGAACGGAGCUACAUGACCUCUUAACAAAGCCCUCGUUAAAUGGGAUUCCGUUGCUUGUUUUAGGAAACAAAAUCGAUAAGUCACAAGCUCUAACCAAACAAGCUUUGAUGGAUCAACUAGGUCUUGACACGAUUACGGAUAGAGAAGUCUGCUGCUACAUGAUCUCUUGCAAAGAGUCGAUAAACAUAGAUAUGGUGAUCGAUUGGCUUAUCAAGCACUCCAAAACGGCAACGUGACCAACUGUAUCUAUUUUAUGUGUACUAAAUUGGUUCUAUUCUAGUUCAUAAUCUUUGAAUUUGACGUUUCGAUGUUGUUAACGAGAUAAGAUGAUGACCCCUGUAUCCGUUUGAUCGAGGGUGUGUUUUACUUAUGAUAUAUGUACAUUGAGGAUUCUUGAUUCAUUAGUUUUUCUGAUGUCGAUGGC